UAUGCUGUAUAUAUACACAGUAUAUGUACCAUUACCUGUUAAAAAAGUUUAAACAAAUACAAUUUCAGCACUUGGUUCUAUGGUUACAGCCUUGAAAGGGCAUAGAAAACCAACACAUGAAUAUUGUAUGACAAUAUUUGUAAAUUCUGUCAUGGGAACUUUGAGAUUUGCAUUUCUUAAAAAAACACACAUGUUUCAGUAUAGAAAUCUGUGCAGUUCUGUGUAUCUACAGGAACUUGCUCAUCAACGUGAAUUUGCUUAUUGUCCUGAUAUAUUUGUUCUCUGUGAUUCCUCAAGUGUUGAUAAACUAAGAAAGCAGCGCUGCUGUAGACUCGGUCGUAAUAGUUUUACAGAGCACAGCAAAGUGUUGCAUCACAGUGAACUUAUGCAACAUCAGGAGCAUUAUGAGCUAUACUAACAAAAGUGAAGCUGCCAGUGAUGAUCCACAGGCAAGACCAAAACAUCUUGACAAUGCCUUGGUGGACACAGAGGAAGGUGGCCAAGUGGCACAUUAUGAAAAUACAACAGAGGUGACACAAGGAGUGACUGGAGAAGAUACUCAUCAGCAAGAAGUAUGCAGAGAUGAAAAACAUGAAACAGAUUUGGGUGUGAAAGAAAAAAAUGUUGAUCCAAGUGUAAAUAACUUUUUGGAAGGUCCCAGAGAGGGUGCAGUUUUGCAGAAAUUUGCAAAAACGGAGCAGUUAGAGAGUUGUGCUAAUGAAAAUGUUGCUGAUGAAGCAGUUUUUCUAGAGUUAGAUGUUAAUGAAUUAAAAGCAUCAUUUGCAAAUGUUGAAACUGAAUCUUUUUCUGUUGCAUGUGAGGGUAAAUGUGAAGUGAAUCAAGCACUUACAAGCUCUGUACCAUUUAGUACAGGUGUUGGUGAACACUCCUUUACAAAUUCUGUUAAUGAGAAGAGAGAUUGUGAAGGCAAUAUUUUCUCUUCAAAGUGUGAGUCUAUGUCUUCUGAUGACACUUGUAUUUAUAAGGAUGCAGUUGAGAGUGAAAGUGGCAGUAAAGAAAAUCUUGAAGAGGGAAAAUCUUGUGUAGGGGAUUCUUUGAUAAAGAGUGUCAAGCUAGUUGUUGAUGAACUUGAAGAUGCAGACGCUGAGGUUAGAGAAUAUGUUGGGCAAGCAUUACAUGCACUUAAUACUCAUGAACCCCAAGCUGCAGAAGUGAACAUGGAUGUCAAUUUUAAAUUUAAUACAGUGAUAUCCAGUAGUGUAAAUAUAUGCUCUAGUGCACUUGACAAAAGUAAGCAAAAAACUAAUAAUAAUUUAGAAAUAGAAGUACCAGGUGAUUUAUUUAGAGAUGUAAGGAUAGUUGAAAGUGAUAAAGAACAAAAUGUAAUAACAGAAAAAGAAGAAACUUUUACUGAAAGUAAAGUGAUUUUACCUCGGCAAAGACAAGCCGAUUGCAGUGGGUGUGAGGAAGAGCAAAUGGGUAAAUUAUUGACUAUUAGUGAUGAUGAGAAAGGCUUGAAGACACAGCCACUUUCAGCUCCUUCUACUCCUGUUCCUUCUUCAGGUUCAGCUAGGAAAGUACAUAGAUCUCAGGGAUGCAGAGGUCGACGAGUUUCGUUCCCUGAAGAUGAAACUCAUCUGAUAUCCAGUUACUUGGAACCCGUUAAUCCAUGGCAGCAGAUGGGAGGAGUGACCGUAGAAGAAAUAGCGGCAGCAUACCGACUGUCAUGUGAGCGACACCGUACGCAGCCACUUCCAGGGGUGUUACAACAAAUUAAGGCACUGCCAUUAGCUAUUGGAGGGCGUGUGGAGUGCCUCAGUCUUCGUGGACAGAGGUUGGAGGGCGGUCAGUGUGAGGGUUUGGAAGAAAUAUUCAGAAGAGUACAGUUCAAAAUCUUAGAUUUAGAAGGCUGUGCUCUUGAUGAUGAUACUGCAAUACCACUAUUUGAUAUGAUUGAAUUUUAUGACUCUGCCACACAGUUAAACAUUUCAUGUAAUGGAAGAAUUGGUUUUCGAGGAUGGCAGGCCUGUUCUAGGAUGUUAAAACGCACUCCAUCUGUUGAAUAUUUAGAUGCUCGUAAUACAAACCUAAAUGAAACUAACAUGCCUAUACUGGGGAGAGCACUGCGACUAGGAGCUCGAUUGCAUACAUUACAUCUUGAAAACUGUAACUUGACUGGUCGCCCACUGAUCAUGCUAACUGCUGCUCUUAGACAAAAUGAUACUUUAUCAGAAUUAUAUUUAGCAGAAAAUCGACUUGGUGUAAAUGACUGCAUACAGCUUGGUAACUUAGUCCGUGCUAAUAACACGCUUCGUCUUCUUGAUCUUCGAAACAACAAUGUUCAAGAUGUUGGAUGUGGGCAUGUAUGUGAAGGUAUAGCUGUACAACAGAAGCAACAACAGCAGGAAGUAACUGAUGGGUCAAGUGAUAAAACUGUGUGCUUGGGUCUCAACUCAUUGAUACUUUGGAACAAUCAUCUUACCCAACAGUCAGCACCUCACUUAGCUGUAAUGUUAGCUGCAACUAAAACUUUGGAAACCUUAAAUUUAGGACGUAACAAUCUUACUAGUGAAGGAAUUUUGCGUUUGAAAGAGUCCUUACUAAGAAAUCAUGCCUUACUGCGUUUAGGUCUACAAGCAUCCCGAAUAGCAGAUGAAGGAGCUGUAGCUCUUGCUGAAUAUACUGCUGACAACACUGUUAUUCAACAUAUAGAUUUACGUGAAAACCCAAUACGUGUGGCUGGGCUCAUGGCUCUGGCUCACUCACUUCGUCUCAAUUCUACUAUCAUCCAAAUGGACAUUGACUCUGACCCCAGAAGUGAGCCAGCAGUAGAGUUAGCAGAGCAACAUUCUUCACUACAAAAAGAAAUAAAAGAGUACUGUCAGCGCAACUUAACUCAAAGUCACGUACGUGCUUCAGUAGAACAUACGAAACAUGACAAUCAAGAAGAGAUUAAAGAUAAAUCUUCAAAGGAAGGUUUGUGUGUUAGUGGAGCUAUUAGAAAAAUUUCACUCACUUGUGAGACAACAAACAAGACUUGUAUUAUUGAUAAAACUGAAGGAUCAAACCGAGAAGAAGAAAAACAAAAAUAUACAAGUCCAGCACCAAGUCCCCUUCCAAGUCCUUCUCCCAGUCCCUGUCCCAGCCCUUGUGCCAGCCCAUCUCCCAGUCCAGUGCCCAGCCCUCUCAAAAAUCGGUUCAAAGUGUUCAAGGUACACGAGACCUCCAAAAGUUCACCUGAACUAAUUGCAGGUUCAAGCCAAACUCCUUCCCUUUCCAAUUCUGUUCAUGUGUCUCAGUCAGGAAGAAGCAUGUCAGCAGGAGACCUAACUCAACCACAAACUCAGACUUGUGUACGGCCCAACAGGUUCAGUUCUGGUGGACGUUUCACUGUAACCAAGGUGGCUGAACCAUCUGGCUCGCAAAGCUUGCCUACUGAUCAACAGAAAGUUACAAGCAUUACUACAGCUGGUUACAAAAAUGGAAAUUCUGCAUCAGGGCCAAAAAUUGUAAUUUCUUCUCCAGUUAGAGUAGAAAGAGGCUUUAGUGUAGAAGAAACAUCUUCAGUGAUGGAAAAAAAUGGAGAUAGUGAAUUGAAGUGUCAACAGAAUAAACUUGUAGGCUGUAAAUCAGCUGGUCUUCCCGAGGAUCAAAAACAGCCGCAUGUCUUAUCAGGUCAGUUUGUCCGACUGAAAUCAGAAGGGGAUGGUGAUGAUGUGUUUGUGGAUAUUGUUGCCAUCAAGAACACUUCAUCAGAAUUCCAGAGGAAAGAUUUAGUGCCACAAAGAAACGUAGCUGCAUGUAAAACUGAUCCAGUUGAAAGUCGGAGGAGUGAUAAAGAUUCAGAUUCCCUAAGUUUAAGUGAUCUGACAGACAGUGGAUUCCUUGAUGAGGGCAUGUGUGGCAGCAGGGGGGGUGGGAGCCAUACACCGAGUCCAAGCAGCCCACAUCAUGAAGGUGAUAGAGACUCAUUAUUAAGUUCAUCAAUGGACAGCACCAGUCAAGAGGACACAGGAUUAGGCUUGCCCAUAGAUAGUAGUAGUGUUAAAAGUUCACUAACUUCCAUUCCACCUGUAACAUGCCACCUGCAGCAGUCUGAUGUGCACUCCUUGAGUGAUCCACCAAAGAGGGCACCUCUUGCUGCAAUGGAAAAUGGCAGCUUUGACUCUGAUAGUGAGGAUAGUGAGUUAACAACACAGUCAUCAGACUCCACACAUAGUGAUGAGGUUCGUAUCACUACUGAGCAGUAUGAACCCAAACCUGCUUGGGGAUCCAAGCAAGAGUCAGCUGAGGUUCCUGUUAAUCCUCAAGCUUUAACUUCCUCAGGCUCACCAAAAACCACUUAAAAAUAUUAGGAACAGUCAAAAUUUCAUGGAGUGAAUUUUGAUGUAUGUGGCAGUAAGAAAGUUUGUACUUCACCUCUACAGGAGCAGUUAUAUAUGGUUGUGUUGACUAGGCAGUUAUAUAGCCAGCUACUAUGUUCAGAGGCAUUGUCACAACCUUAUUGUCAUUUGCUGUCAGUAGCAUUUCAUCUUUUGUGUACUGAUGAUGUACAUUUUACCUCACCAGUUCUAAUUUUAAAUGGAAAAAAAAGUUUUGUGAACAUUAAUUUAAAAAAAAAUUAUUACUUAAAAAUUCAGUACAUAAAUGGGAUUUACAUUUGUUGCAAAAUUAUGGACUUGUGGUGAAAAUUGUAACUAAUAACUAAUUUCAUUGAUAACUCAAGAGCAGCUAAUGAGAAGUUUAUAAUGGCAGUGUUUGACUCUUCUGAGCUUCAUCGAGCAGUACAAACAAGGACACUGCUUUAAGGGUUCAUGAUCAGGUGCAAGAAGUAAGAAAACUACUGCAGUAGGCCUACUGGCCAUGUUAGUUGUAGUAGAGAGUAAAACAGUCAUAAUAAAUCUCAGUUGCUCUUAUGUCCUCUUACCUAACAUUAUGUCAAUGAUUUUUACCAGUAUUUUUACACAUUACUAAAGAGGAUAUUUGCUCCAAGUGAUAAUUUUUUUCACAUUUGUUUAUAAAAGCGAUAUAUUUUUUUCAACACUUUGGUCGUCUGCCCCUUCUGGGGGUCAAAAUAUACAGAUCAAACAAUCUUCUGAAUUUUUUCUCCAUGUUGGUUGUUAUUCAUCAUUGAUAAGUGUUCAUUACACUUUAGUUAUUCAAUACAGAAAAGUUUGCUAAGGCAAAUUCUGCAUUGUCUGUCAUAUUUGAUGUAAAUUUUUCCCCAAUAAAGCUAAAUAAAAAAAAUUCUAGCCUUCCUCUUAUAUGGCUCAUGUAAUUGUGGUAGCAGUAGAGUGGGUCCCCAGCUUGUGACAUUCUGACUUAUAAUGUUUUAUUCUUAUGACAUUGGCACUUUGUAACCAGUUAAUUACCUCUACAUAUGAACACUGAUCUACAAUCACUGUAAAUAUUGAAGCAAAUUAUUUUGAAUACAGUAAAGAAUUUUUUUUUUUUUUUUUUUUACCCAAUACGUGUGUGUGUUCAUUUCGUGCAUGUAUAGAGAGCUCACAUUUGUUUGGUAGAGAUUGGUCAAGAACCACUGAUUUACAUUUUGUUUUUAUUAACACAUUAGCCAUUUCCCACUGAGGCAUUGUGACCCGAAAAAGAAGAAACACUUUUAUCAUCACUCACUCCAUCACUGUCUUGCCAAAGGUGUACUGACACUUCAGUUAAAAAACUGCCACAUAUCUUCACACCUCCUUUAGGGUGGAGGUGCUGUACUUCUCACCUCCAAGACUCUAGUCUGGCUAAUCAGUUUCCCUGAAUCCCUUCUUAAAUGUUACUUUACUCACACCCCAACAGCAUGCCAAGUCAUAAAAACCAUUGACAUCCACCCACUCCUACCUUACAUGCUUCAUGCAUGCUUACUGGGAGUCUAAGCCCCUCACACACACAACCUCCUUUACCUCCCCGCCCCUCCCAACCUUUCCUAGGAUGACCCGUACCCCAUCUUCCUUCCACUACAGAUUUAUACACCCUCCAAGUCAUUCAAUUUUGUUCCAUUCUUUCUAAAUGUCCGAACCACCUCAACAACCCUGGAUAACAUUUUUAGAAACCCCACACCUACAAAUUCUCUGCAUAAUAUUCACAUUACACAUUGCCCUCAGUCAUGACAUCUCCACUGUCUCCAGACUUCGUGAUGCAACAUUCACCACCCAUGCUUUACACCCAUAUAAGAGCGUUGGUACUACUCUACUCUCAUACAUUUCCCCUUUGCUUCCAUGGAUAACAUCCUUUGUCUCCAUAGACUCUCAGCACAUAACUCGCCUUUUUCCCCUCAUCAAUUCUAUGGGUCACCUCAACUUUAACAGACCCAUCUACUGACAAGUCCACUCUCAAAUAUCUGAACACAUUCACUUCCUCAAUACUCCCUCUCUCCAAUCUGAUACGCAGUCUAUCAUUAUCUAAAUUUUUUGUUAUCCUCAUCACCUUGCUCUUUCCUACAUUCACUUUUUAUUUCCUUCUUUUACACACCCUCCCAAAUUCGUCCACCAACCUCUGCAACCUCUCUUCAGAAACUCCCAAAAGCACAAUGUCAUCAGCAAAAAGCAAUUGUGACAACUCCCACUUUGUGUUAUUCUUUAUCUUUUAAUCCCACACCUCUUCCCAACACCCGAGCAUUCACUUUCUUACGACCCAUCUAUAAAUAUGUUGAACAACUGUGGUGACAUCACACAUCCCUGUCUAAGGCCUACUUUUACUGGGAAAUAAUCUCCCUCUCUCCUGCAUACUCUAACCUGAGCCUCACUAUCCUCAUAAAAACUCUUAACUGCUGUCAGUAACCUACCAUCCAUUCCAUAAACUUGAAACAUCUGCCACAUUGCUUCCCUAUCCACCCUAUCAUAUACCUACCUGGAGUCUACCUGGAGGGUAUUCCAGGAAUCAACGUCCCUGCGGCCUGGUCCAUGAACAGGCCUCCCGGUGGAUCAGGUCCUGAUCAACCAGGCUGUUACUCCUGGCUGCACAUAGCCCAACAUACGAAUCACAGCCCGACUGAUCCAGCACCGACUUUAAGUAUCUGUCUAGCUCCCCCUUGAAGGCAGCCAUGGGCCUAUUGGUAAUUCCCCUUUUGCAUUGUGGGAGGGAGGCUAUUGAACAGUCUUAGGCCCUGGUGACUUAUGGUGUUUUCUCUUAGUGUAUCAAUGGUGCCCCUACUUUUCAUUGGGGGUAUUUUGCACUGCCUGCCCACUCUUUUACUUUCGUAGGGAGUGAUUUCUGUGUGCAGAUUCAGGACCAUUCCUUCUAGGAUUUUCCAAGUGUAGAUUAUGAUAUCUCUCUCUUGCCUGCAUUCCAAUGAGUACAAGUCAAGUGCUUCCAAGCAUUCCCAGUAGUUGAGGUGUUUGAUAGAACUUAUAUGUCCAGUAAAGGUUCUCUGUAAACACACUAGAUCUGCAAUUUCACCUGCUCUGAGUGGAGAUGUUAAUGUACAGCAAUAUUCCAGCCUAGAGAGAACAAGUGAUUUGAAAAGGAUCAUCACUGGCUUGGCAUCUCUUAUUCUGAAUGUUCUCAUUAUCCAUCCUAUCAUUUUCUUUGCAUUUGUGAUCGUGGCACUAUUGUGAUCCUUGAAAGUCAGAUCCUCAGACAUAUCACUCCCAGGUCCCUCACAUUAUUUUUUUGCUCUAUUGUAUGAUCAGAGUUUGUAGUACAUUCAGUUCUAAUUAUUAUCUCCUCCAGUUUUCCAUAACGGAAUAGUUGGAAUUUGUCUUCAUUGAGCAUCAUAUUGUUUUCUGUUGCCCAUUGGAAAAAUUGGUUUAUAUCUUCUUGGAGGUUAACAGCGUCCUCAAUCGAUGACAGUCUCAUGCAGAUCCUAGUAUUGUCUCCAAAGGAUGACAUGGUGCUGUGGAUUAAUCUUUGUCUAUGUCUGAUGUGAGGAUGAGGAACAAGAUGGGGGCGAGUACUGUGCCUUGUAGAACAGGGCUUUUCACUAUUGCAGCUUCUGAUUUAGCUCUGUUGACCACUACUCUGUGUGUUUGAUUUUUUAGAAAGUUAAAGAUCCAUCUCCUCACUUUGCCAGUUAUUCCUUUAGCACGUAUUUUGUGCUCUAUUAUGCCAUGAUCGCACUUGUCAAAUGCUUUUGCAAAGUCUGUGUAUAUUACAUCUGCAUUCUGUUUUUCUUCCGGUGCAUCCAAGACCGUAUCAUAGUGAUCAAGUAGUUGUGAGAGGCAGGAGUGACCUACUCUGAACCCAUGUUGCCCUGGAUUGUGCACUUUUUGGGAAUCCAAAUGGUUUGCAAUCGUGCUUCUUAGCACUCUUUCAAAUAUUUUUAUGAUGUGGGACAUUAGAGCUAUUGGUCUAUAGUUCUUAGCUAAUGCUUUGCUGCCACCUUUAUGGAGUGGGGCUAUAUCCGUCGUUUUUAGUGGCUGUGGAAUUUCACCCAUGUCUAAGCUCCUUCUCCAUAGUAUACUUAGGGCCCACAAAGGGAGUUUCUAGCAGUUCUUAAUGAACACAGAGUUUCAUGAGUUUGGGCCUAAGGCUGAGUGCAUGGGCAUGUUGUCAAUAGCUUUCUCAAAGUCUAUCGGAGUUAGGGUAAUGUCGGAAAUAUGGCAUAUAUUGAUGGAGUUUUGAGGCUCAUUCAUGAAAAAAUCAUUUAGAUUGUCGAUCUUUAGAAUGAUUAGUGUCUUGCUAAACACAGAGUCAUAUUGAGAUUUCAGUAUCUCACUCAUUUCCUUGUCAUCUGUGUAAGUCCCAUCUUGUCUGAGCAAGGGCCCGAUACUAGAUGUGAUAUUUGCCUUGUUUUUGGCAAUAUGAAAAGAAAUAUUUUGAAUUUCUUUCCAAUCUUUUUCCAAAUCCAUAAAUGCAGUGAAAACCUAUUUUUCUUCUUUCAACCAACCAGCCAUAUCCCACCGAGGCAGGGUGGCCCAAAAAGAAAAACCAAGUUUCUCUUUUUAACUUUAGUAAUGUAUACAGGAGAACAGGUUACUAGCCCCUUGCUCCUGGCAUUUUAGUCACCUCUGAUGACACGCUUGGCUUAUGAAGGAAGAAUUCUGUUCCAUUUUCCCAUGGAGAUAGGAAAUAAACAAGAACAAGAACUAGUAAGAAAAUAGAAGAAAACCCAGAGGGUUUUCUACUUCUACUUACACCUAGGUCACACUACACAUGCUUGUACAUGCAUGUGUAGUGUGACUUAAGUGUAAGUAGAAGUAGCAAGAUGUACCUGAAAUCUUGCAUGUUUAUGAGAUAGAAGAGACACCAGCAAUCCUACCAUCUAUGUAAAACAAUUACAGGCUUUCGUUUUACACUCACUUGGCAGGAUGGUAGUUCCUCCCUGGGCUGUUGCUGUCUACCAACCUACUACCUAGGGAAAACCUAUUUAUCCUUAUCUAAAUACUGUUCACUUAUAUGCUUCACUGUAAACACUUGGUCUACACACCCCCUACCCUUCCUAAAGCCUUCUUGUUCAUUUGUGAUCCUGCUUUCCAUCUUACUCUUAGUUCUUUCAGUAAUAGCUCUACCAUAUACCUUACCAGGAGCUCCUGGACAUUUAGCCACUGGACACUUUGUUGACGGAUAUUUUACUGGAGGACAUUUGACUGAAUAGACAUUUCACUAAUUGAUAUUUCGCCCAACAGAUAUUUUAAACCGAACUGGUAUUCAUCACAGCAUGUUUUCCAAACAUUAACAAGAAGGAAUAAAAAAUAAGUUAGGAUGCCCAUAAAAUAACAAACUUAACUAACCGACAGCCAUUUGUCCGUUCAGCCAAAUAGCUGUCGGCGCAAUGUCUGUUCGGCCAAAUGUCCUUCGGUCAGGUGUCUGGCAAUGUUACCACGUAUACUCAACAUGCUUAUUCCCCCUAUAAUUCUUACUCUCUCUUUUGUCCCCUUUGGCCUUAUACAAAGGAACUAUGCAUGCAUUGAUUUAAUAUUUAUUUUCUUGGUUGAAUUAAAACUAUAUAGUUCAGUUAGUUUUUUACAUAAUGCAUUUAUUCUGUGUAUACUCUAUGCAUGUGAAUACCUGGAGGGGGUUUCAGGGGUCAUUGCCCCAGUUGGGUGUGAUUAUGUUUUGUAACCAGCAGUGGUGUUGUCAACUGUUUUGUGUGGAAGACAGCAGUGGGUGAGGUAUGGGACAGUAAGAGAGACGGCAGCAGGUGAGGUGUGAGGUGGUAAGAGAGACAGCAGCAGGUGAGGUGUGAGACAGUAAGAGACAGCAGCAGGUGAGGUGUGGGACAGUAAGAGAAACAGCAGCGGGUGAGGUAUGAGACAGCAAGAGAGACAGCAGCAGGUGAGAUAUGAGACUAUAUAGAAACACCACUCACUAACACCACACCAUAAUUAUCAUCACCACUACCUUACCACAUUAUAUACCCAGGCACAUUAACCCUGUACUUUGUACACCUCUGUUUUAUUUAGUUAAUUGUAGCUUAGUUUUAUUUAAUUAACUUGAAUGGUAUACAUUAAUUAGACAUUAUUUAAUACCAUUUGUAAGUGAAGAAAAGAAUGUUACUGAAUGUGAACUACUGGGUAAGAACUCUUUGGAAAAAAGCUUGGUGAAAUUAGGUGUAGAAUAUUAAGACUCUGGAGCAACUCUGAUAACGUAGGUUGUCAGGAAUUUUCAGGAGCACUGUAACUUCAUAAGUUGGGGUCCUACUGUACAUGCAUCAUAAUGUACACUUUCUCCACAAGAACUUCGAAAAUUUGGAUGGGCUAAAUGUAAGGGUGCAUCUCGUAUGGCAGAAAAUAUAGCACUGUUGGUAAUACAGGUCCACAUCUCUCUAUCUGAAAUUCUGAAAUUGGAAAAGUUCCACAAACCGAAGUUUUUUCGUGGAGUGUGGAGAAUCGGUCAUCUCAGUGCUUGGGUCACGCUGCCACAUGGCGGUGUUUAGAAUCAUUCUGAACUUCGAAAAAUUCUGAAAUUCGAAACAGCACUGGCCCCUAAGGUUUUGGAUGAAGGAAUGUGGACCUGUAUAUGCUAUGUUAUGUAAACUAGAUACCAACUACAGUACUUAUAGCCAUUAAAGGUAUACAGUAGUGUUAUGUAAACUAGAUGCCAGCUACAGUACUUCUUCCUGUUAUGGAAAUAUAUAAAGACAAUUAUGUUUGUAUUUCUUGUAGUAUAGUAUAUUGGGUAACAAAAUUCAUGAAAUGAAUUUGAGUCUGCUUCAGUAUACAGUAGUAGUCAAAUAAAUGGGUUAUGAUUUUAAUUUUAGCCCUCUAAAUCAUUGUAUGAAGAGUAAUAAUGUAUCAUUUGAGUUUAUAACAUAUGUGGUUUGAAAUAUUUAAUUUAUUUUGAAUGAAUUGUUCAAAUUUUUAUUUUUCCUAGCAGAGCUCUUAAUUAACACAAAGUGUCAUGCUAAUGAGAUCAUUAUCAUUGUGCCAUAAAAGUAUAAUAUUGUCAUUCUCUUGAAUGUUCAUAUCACAGUGAGCAAAGAUAGCCACUGGUGUCCUCAAAGCAUGAAAUGCAUGCAUAAAAAUUUUAUAGAAUGCUACUCAUUCCUGUUCUGUUUGGUGAAUUUUCUGGAUGUCCAAAAUCCAGCUUCUCACUAUUGUAUUGAGAGGAAUUUUAAUUGAAAGAAAUUUAAGAGUUAAUAUUGACAGAAAUAAGCUGCUAAAGAUAUGCUUAAUUUUCAUUACAGAAAAUUUUGUAACAGACAGGUGUGGUGUAUGUUUUAUUACAACUUUUAGAUUAAAACAAGUGUGUCAACAACUUAAUAUAUGGGAUUUAUAAGUACAAAAAAAUAAACUACAGUGUUGAAUAUCUUUUUGGUUUAGUAAAACAAAAACCUAGUGUUUCUUGCAAUUUAAAAUUUUCUAUUUUGUUGAAAGUUUGCUUUCCUUCUGAUACAUAUUACAGUACAACUAUUAUAUUUUUUUAUUUUUUGUAAGUCAUGCUAAAGAUAAAAUCCUGUGUAUUGUAACAACUUUAUGUACCUUACUGAUAAACUCUCUCCUUGCUAGGGCAAAUAAGAGAUAAAUGUAUAUGCUCCAGCAUUGUUCAAGAAACUGAUGAUGAUUAUGCACUGCAACUAUGUUCCUCACAAAAUAUCUUAUUGUAAGAUGCCCUCAAUAUGUCUUAAACUAUUUUAGCUUAGAAAGUAAACGUAGUUAAGCCUGCUGUUGGAUAUAUUAUGCCUUUAUGGCAGUAGAUUGUUAUUUAAUUUUUUAUUGUGAUUACUUUCCAUAAAUAAUCUAAGGUAGCAUCAUACAACUGAGAUUUUAAUUUUCAUUAUUACAAAGCUAGUGGCUUAAUAUUAUGAAGAGUUAUUGAGGAAUGAAAAUCACAAUACCAUGGUUGGAACAAUUCACAACUCUCCCACAAUUUGAAAAUUUAAACUAGAAGUGAAUUUGGUUCAUUUUGAAUUGAUCCUUGAUGAACUGUUAUUGAAUAAAUCCACCUUGGAUCAUUAUCAAGUUUAGUUUAGGCUUCAUCUUGUGAGAUAUGAUGUUUUUCUUGCUUCCGCAGUGUGUGAUAACUAUGAGACUGCCGCACUUACAUCUAAGUCAGCCAAGGUUUACCAGCACCAGUCUUGUUCAUAGAACUUAACAAGAUUUAUUUAUCAACAGGUGAUUGUUUCACUGAAAUUUUGGUGCUAAUUGUUAUAUAGUUAAAAAUUCAGUGCAAUUUUCCAGUUUUUUUCUUUUUUACAGAAACUCGAGCUACUAGCAUUUACUAGUUGUCAGAUUUGAAUGGGGAAAAAACUGGCUGAGUUAUGUAAAUAACUCAGCAGAGGUAGGGGAUGGUAUUUUCUUAAUAGUAAUGAAUAUAUUUAUGCACGCUGGUAGCCGUUGUUGUGUGUGUUUACCAUUGCUCCGGUGACUGUGGUACAAAUCCUUUAUGUUCAGGCCAUGGAUUAAGUAUCCCUGGCUCUCACUUCAGUGAAAUAGUAGAAAUUUCUGUGGUUGUUGAGGAUGAUUUUCCUGUUUCUCAUCAUAUUUAAAUGGAUUACAAAAUUCUCAAGUACAGAGUUAUAAUGUUUAGUGUGCUAUACUUUGUAAUAUGUUUAUAACAUUAUAUUCAUUGACCUUUUAAAUAUUUUAUACUUUUCAUACGAAUAAUAGUUGGCAUGUUUGGAACCCUGUAAAGUAUACAAACCCUCAGUAAUUAGACCUGUUAAUUAUAAACAGGUGCACCUACCGUCCGACUUGCGACCUGCUCGACUUACGACCACUCGACUUACGACCACUCGACUUACGACCACUCGACUUACGACCACUCGACUUACGACCACUCGACUUACGACCACUCGACUUACGACCACUCGACUUACGACCACUCGACUUACGACUGUGUUUUUUAUGCCAAAUUUCUGGGAAAUAAACAACUAUUUGUGUUGUACACAGUGUUUAUCCUAAACCUUACAGUAUAAAAUACAGUACUAACAGCAUAAAAAGUAAAGUAAAACAUGAAAUACCAAAAUAAAACAAUAAAAUAAAGUCAUUACAAAAAUGUUUUGUUGAUAUUCAGUAGUAAAGUUCGACUUACGACCAUUUCGACUUACGACCGGUUUCUCGGAACCAAACUCGGUCAUAAGUUGGAUGGUAGGUGUAUAUUUUUUCUUAUGAAAUACUUACCUUGUAUCUUACUACAGUUGUGUAUAUGGAGUGAAGACACUUGAGUCAUUCAUUUGCUUAAGACAUUAACCCCUUGACUGUCGCAACCCCCAAUCCUGAGGUAUUGAAAACUGACAGAAUUACGCUCUCGAGAAGUUAGCGACCUCAGCGAUAUUUACAAAUCGGCGACUUUGCCCACUUUGAGCCCUAUUUUCGGCUAAUUCCAUUGUUCCAGUCGACCAAACUCAUAGCUAUCUCUUUAGAACUCCGUUUUUUCUAUCAAUUAAGUACAAGAAACUGCCCAUUUACUGAUUUCAACUACCCAAUAACGUGGUCAGAAAUUUGCAAUUUGGCCAAUUUCACGAAAAUUAAAAAAUACGACAAUUUCAAAAUAGGGUCCAGAAUGAACAAUGCAGACAUUCCUGGCUCUAAAAUAACAUUUUCUUUGUUCAUCAGUCACGUCUCCAGGCCCCUCUGAUAUUACUCUUGUUCUCUAUUUUGAAUUUUUAUUCGAACAAAAAAUAGAAGAUAUACUGUCAUGCAGACUACUGCAAUAUUGUAAUAAUUGUACAAAUAAUGUCAACCCAUUCAUGACUGCAUAUCAGAAUGCCUGCUUGGACAUUUAUUGGACAAUGACAUCAUUUGUUUACUUUUGAACAUCAGCAAAAAUCAAACAUUUCCCCUUCUUUGAGCUCCAUUUCGAGGUUCUUUGCAUAGUAAAACCAAUCAAAAUCACCUCUAUUUCUAUAUUAUGUUUUCCAUUCUAUCAAAUGAGACCAAGAAAACGAGAAUACAACCAUAAAUACUGUAUGAAAAUAGACCACAAAGUUGGCAUUUUAAUUAAAAAAACGGUUGGAGUUUUUUUUUUUCUCAUUAUGCACUGCGUGCUCCAGGAUUUUUUUUAUAUGGUGCACACUGACCACACAGACCCAUUCUCUCACAUGUGGGCCUACCAGCUUUCUCCUGCUUGAUUUGAAGCCACUAGAAUUUAUGAGUAUAUAUACAUGUACAGUGGACCCCCGGUAUUCGAUAUUAAUCCGUUCCCGAGAGCUCAUCGAAUACCGAAAAUAUGGAAAACUGAAUCAAUUUUCCUCAUAAGAAAUAAUGGAAAUCAAAUUAAUCUGUGCAAGACACCCAAAAGUAUGAAAAAAAAAAAAUUUUACUACAUGAAAUAUUAAGUUUAAUGCAAUAGAAUAAUUACAAUAACAAUAAAAUAAUUGACACUUACCUUUAAUGAAGAUCUGGUGAUCUUUUAAUGCCACUAGGACCAGCUUGAGAGUCACUGGACCUCUGUCGCACAACAAAUCUGUCCAUAGAGCUCUGUACCUCCCGUUCCUUUACGAUUUGUCUAAAAUGGGCCACAACAUUGUCAUUGUAAUAGUCACCAGCAUGGCUUGCAAUAGCUGUGUUAGGGUGAUUUUCAUCCAUAAAGGUUUGCACUUCAACCCACUGUGCACACAUUUCCUUAAUUUUUGAAGUAGGCACAAUGGAUUCCACAACUGGCAUAGGCUUCUCAGGGUUAGCUCCAAACCCUUCAAAAUCUUUCUUAAUUUCCAUACUAAUUCUCACCCUUUUUACCACAGGGUUGACACUAGAAGCUUUCUUGGGGCCCAUGGUGACUUAUUUUGCCGAAACAAGCACCAAAAACAGUGAUAAUAUGGAUAAUAUGAAAUGUACCGAAUGUAUCCUUAGAUGCGCGCACACUGGAUGGCUUGUAAACACUGGCACACAAGGGGCAGUUCAGGCCACACGUGGACACGUCUCGUACGAAUCGUAUCGAAUACCGGGUUUUCAAUCGAAUACCGAGGAAAAUUUUUUGCGAUAUAAUGCAUCGAAUACCGGAUUUAUCGAAUACCGAUGCCAUCGAAUACCGGGGGUCCACUGUAUGUCAAACACGGUACCUCGUAACACGUAUAUGUAUAUGACCGAAACAGUCAAAGGGUUAAUUAUUAUUGUCUCGUUCACCUUGAAAAUCUUGCUUUUGAUUCCUCAAAUCAAGGUUUUUAUUUACAAGUACGGUACUGUAUAAGGAAAAUCUUGUUUGACAGGAGCACCCCUUUUGAUCUACACUUAAAUUGAACAACUUUCCACUGCCAUUCACAACUGGUUGGACAUAGUGUUUGGAGGACAUCAAGUGAGGAUCGCAAUUGGCGUUUGUACUAUUGAUUUGUAUGUACAGAUGUAUAGUACUGUAUAUUAGUUUAUUAGCCAAGCUCCACCUCUCGCCUAGUACAUACUAAAAAUACUGUUGUACAUAUAAUGAGGCAGUAUUCUCUGCCACUGGAGCAGUUCUGACCUGCAUCAUGACCACCUCCAUGUUCACCUUAAUUUAUUUAUUAAUUCUGCAGCACCAUUUAGCAUAAUACCAAAUACUGUAUAUCCAGGAAUGUUGAAGUAAUUUUAUUUACAUUAUCUUUAUAACUGAAAUAAAGCCAAUACUGUAUGAGAAGUAAAUAUUUUGUGGAAUAUUUUGUAGUGACGCUAUUUGUGUGCUUGUGAGAGUAUGUAAUAGGGCUAGCAAGUAGCGCACAUUAUGGGUAAUGUGGUAUACAAGAAGUGGUGAGUGGGCAACUUUCAACUGGCAGUAAGCACUUCUCACCAAGGGCAACUUUGUAGGGAGGAUCAGUAUAUAAUUUGUUGAAUAAAAUUCACCAUACUUUGAAACAAUUUAUAACUAACCUACAAUUUGACAUAAUGCUUUUGUAAAUGUUGUACCUUUAUCAAAUCAAGAGUUAAAGUAAUAAUGGCCCAGGAUGGACCCAGCAUUAUCUAUAUUUUUUUUAAACUGUGGGUUAGUUAUGAGUACAUUUUUGUUGAAAGUUAAAUUACAUAUACAUGUACUAUAAAUUAAAGCAACUAGGUACUGUAUUCCUACAUAAGAUGAGAACAUUGUUAGUAGGGAGAUAGUAACACCUGCUUAGAUGCAAAUAUUCUGAUAUAGUUAAGAUUUUUUUUUGAAUGGGAGUGUGAUUGAAAUUAUGCAGGCUUGUAACUUGUAAACAUGACUUACGAAAUUGUAAUGACACGAUUGCAAACAAACCAUACCAAGGACGGGGAUAGAACCCACGAUCAGAGAGUCUCAAAACACGACAGUCUGGAGUUUUGAGACUGAUCGCGGGUUCUAUCCCCGUCCGUGGUAUGGUUUGUAACUUGUAUUUUUCAUCUGUCACCGAAUUAUUCAUCUCACCAUUUUUGGAAAACUGUCCUCACAGCAAGCUUGUAGAUGUUAUAAAAUAUGUGAGCACUUGAACUCUGAUUCUCUAACCUGUUUUUAAUGACGGGUUAAAAUAUUUUAUACUGAAAAGAUUUGGCACUCUGCAAAUAAGAUGGUGUAUAUGCUUUAAAGUGGUAUCAUAUUUUUCAUUUGGAAAUUGUAUACUUGCUUUAAUAUAAUAAAUGAUGUUAAUCCUGAUACUGAUAAUAAUGAUGAAUAUUAUUCUCUUUUUAUUAAUUAACUUUUUAUGCUCUUGACCUCAGGUGUAAAAGACUCAGGAUUUGUAAUACAAAGUGUCUACCAUCUUAGUAUAAAAGAAGCUUUUCUAAGUAAAUGGUAAAAAUAAUAAUACAAAUACAGUUUAAUAGAUAUGCAUAUAUUAUGGUAUAUAUGCUGAACUUGACCUUUAUCUUUGGCUUACUCCCUAAUUAACUUAAAAUGUUUUUUCAUGGCCAUCACCCAAUGCAUUUGCCAAGUUUCAACAUAAUUGAUCUAUAUACAGUGGACCCCCGGUUAACGAUUUUAAUCCGUGCAAGAGGGCUCAUCGUUAUGCGAAAUAAUCGUUAUGCGAAUUAAUUUUCCCCAUAAGAAAUAAUGGAAAUAAAAUUAAUCCGUGCAAGACGCCCAAAAGUAUGAAAAAAAAUUUUUUUUACCACAUGAAAUGUUAAUUUUAAUACACACAAACUGAAAAAGGCAUGCACAAUUACAUGACACUUACUUUUAUUGAAGAUCUGGUGAUGAUUGAUGGGAUGGGAGGAGGGGAGAGCAUUAUCUUCUUACUGUUUAGAAGGGGAAUCCCCUUCCAUUAGGACUUGAGGUAGCAAGUCCUUUUCUGGGGUUACUUCCCUUCUUCUUUUAAUGCCACUAGGACCAGCUUCAGAGUCACUGGACCUCUGUCGCACAACAAAUCUGUCCAUAGAGCUCUGUACCUCCCGUUUCUUCAAGACUUUCCUAAAAUGGGCCAUAACAUUGUCAUUGAAAUAGUCACAAGCACGGCUUGCAACAGCUGUGUCAGGGUGAUUUUCAUCUAUAAAGGUUUGCAGUUCAAACCACUCUGCACACAUU